CGGGGUGGUGGCUCCUCGGCUCGCGGGGACUGUGGGAGGCAAAGAGGCAUUUACGUCAUCAACACGCGCUGCUCACCUCGGGCCUGCUGGAUCUGUGGGGAAAAAUCGGUCGCUUUCUGAUGAGCUUUUGGAUUAUGGCCUUGGGACCUAGUGGGCGUCCAGUUCCUGGAAUCUGAGGCUGCGCGUGUCUGGGGGACUGGCAACUGGGUACCUAUGCCCCGAGCGCAGGAAGUUGCAUUAGUUCUCAAUAAUGGGAAGAACCUACAUUGUAGAAGAAUCUGUUGGCCGAUAUCUUUCAAGCAUCAAUCUCCAAGGAAAGACUUUUGUCUCUGGUCUUUUAAUAGGACAGUGUUCAUCACAGAAGGACUAUGUAAUUCUUGCCUCUAGAACACCACCCAAAGAGGAACAGAAUGAGAAUCUAGAACACCCCAAAGCUAAACUGGAUAACUUGGAUGAAGAGUGGGUUACAGAACAUGCCAAUCAGGUAUCAAGAAUGCUGCCAGGGGGAAUAUUAGUUCUUGGAGUAUUUAUUAUCACACCUUUGGAAAUGGGAAAUGACUUUCAAAAUGCCCUGCGCAGACUAGUAUUUGCAGUGGAAAAAACUCUGAGUAAAAAAAGACUGUGGAGUUUCACAGAGGAAGAGGUUUCAGAGCGAGUAACACUUCACAUUUGUUCUUCUACAAAAAAAAUAUUUUGCCGAACUUAUGAUAUCUGUGAUCCAAAGAGUUCAGCGAAACCAGCAGAUUGGAAGUACCAAAAUGGACUAUCAGCUUUAUGGAUUUCAUUUGAGUGUACAGUUCAUAUUAAUAUUCACAUCCCACUGUCUGCUACUUCUCUCAGCUAUUCAUUAGAAAGAAAUACAAAGAAUGGACUUGCACGCUGGGCCAAACAAAUAGAAAAUGGUAUUUAUUUGAUUAAUGGGCAAGUAAAAGAUGAAGAUGGCGACCUUUUAGGAGGACAAAAAAAAUCUUUUAAAGGAAAUGCUCAAGCAGCUAGUCAUUGUUUUGAUGUCCGAGUGCUAACUCAGUUGCUUUUGAAUUCAGACCACAGAUCCACAGCCACAGUCCAGAUCUGCAGUGGCUCUGUAAAUUUGAAGGGAACUGUGAAAUGCAGAGCUUAUGUGCAUAGCAAUAAACCCAAGGUCAAAGAUGCUGUUCAGGCAGUGAAGAGAGAUAUAUUGAACACAGUUGCUGAUCGUUGUGAAAUAUUGUUUGAGGAUCUUCUUUUGAAUGAAACUCCAGAAAAAAAAGUUAUGAAAAAAGAAUUCCACAUUCUCCCUCACCGAGUUUUUGCCCAUGUUGCGGGAUCCACUGUAAUGUUAUGUGAUUAUAAAUUUGGCGAUGAGUCAGAUGAAGAAAUCAAAGAUCAUUUUUUAGAGAUGUUAGAUCAGAAAAUUCAAAUAAAAGAUUUGGAAAUUGCAGAGGAAAUAAACACAGGUGUGAUUGCAGCAUUUGCAGUUUGUAGUCCUUGCUGCGGGUAUCUCCUUUCAUUACUUCAGUGACUAGGGGUGCAGAGCCAAGAACUUCCGGAUCAUCCCAAGACUACUGACCAGUCAUAAUCUUUAUUAUGACUAAUAAAGAUGCAAACCCUCUGGCUACACUUAAGACAGCAGCAGCUGGAUCUGUUGCUGUAGUGCCUGUUAGUUGUUUUUCUGAAAAACUGAAAUCACCAGCUGCCUUGUUUAGCCUUGCUUUUAAUAAAGGUGGCCCAGGCUCCCCAAAAUAAAAGUUAUGCAUUAGCUGGAAGGUUGCAUGUAACAAAUUGUAUUAUAUAUUUUUCAAAAAGGCACAGAACGAUGGUUUUAUUUUCAUAAGUUUUAGUCCUGUUGAUCCGGAUCAUAUAUUGAUCAGGAUGCUAAAAUUUUGAAUGGUGGAGUUAGCAGAAUAUUGUAGAAAAUGGUAAAAUUUCUAUAAAGGGUGGUAUGAACUGGUUAGAUGAGCUCAUACCUCAUGACCUUCCUUAUGUAAAUUCAAUUUUAAUAUCCAAGUUGGUGUUCUGAUUGAGGGAUAGGGGACUUUUCCAGAAGUUUGAAUUAAAUAGUAAUGACAGAAGUCAUGUGCUUUCUCAGGUUAUUAAAUCAUAGUCAUUUAAUAUAUUUAAUAAAACCUUUUGCUUCUAGCAGCUUAUUAGACUAGGUCUUACAAAACAAGUAGCUUCUGAAUAAAAUCUACUUUUGAACACACUGAUAGACUAGUUAAGGGAAAACCUUCAGUUACUGUACUCCACAAAAAUGAGCCCUGUGAUUUGAGAAUCUUGAAUACUAUAUUAAGCUCACAGGUAGACAGUGGAUCUCAGAUAGAAGCACUGCCAGAGGCGGUUUGCUUUGAACCGGAAACAAGGAGAUAAAUUUGGAAUAGAGAUGUUACCAUAGCCAGUGCCAUGAUGCCCACAGUUUGUAGGCUGUGGCUCCUGGCAGAAGAUAUAGGUCAAGACUUCCAUAGAUUAAGAACAGUACUAAUUAUUUCAUGACUAGAGGUCAAGAAGUACAUGGCAAAACUAAGUAGUUUAAGGAAAAAUCUAAAAACAAACCUUUUUUUUCCCCAAGAUCUCAUCAUCUACAUAUGUGAAAAAUGGCGCCACAGGCAGAUCUGAGAAAUAACCUAGUGAAAUGAUGAGAAAGGAGAAAUAAACUACUUGAAGUAAAAGAAAGAGAGAGAGAGGAAGGAAGGAAGACCAGUAACAGACAUGUUUAUAAGAAUUCAGACUCAGCUGAUGAGACAGUUAAUAAACUUAAAGCUACAGAGAUUAUCUACUGAGCAGCAAGAGAACAUCAGGGACAAAAAAUAUAUAUAUUAAGAAAUUGAAAGGUGGAGAGAUUUGUAAAGACUAGAAGCACUAGAAGAAUAGAGUGGAAAAGUGUCAAUAUUUGAAGAUAAAACUGUACACAUUUGAUAGAAAAGCAUAAAAUGGGGAAGCAGAUAUAUCCUUAAUACAUAGAUAGACGAAAUUCUUGCCUAAACCCAACAAAGUAGAUUCACAAGAUGUAAAACAAGAUUUUAAGAGCAAAGAAGUGGUGGCAGUGGGGAGACCAAUCAAAUACUCAGUAGGCUUCUUGAUAAACAAAAAUGUUCCCUGCAAAUGUGGAAUAAUCCUUUUAGUUUUCCAAUUUUCAGCUUCAAAAUUUUCAGGAAGUAAAACUGAAAGACAAGUUCUGAUGAAACAGAUCUGUCAUCAACAGACUUUCACUGAAGAAACUGGACUAGAAUGAUCUUCACAGAAAAUGAUUCCAGAGGAUCUGAAAAUAAAAGAAUUCACAAAGUGAUAAAUCAAGUAUUGUAUAUGUAAGAAAAAACAAUGAAAGAAAUGUUUAUAAGAAGUGAAAUUAUAAACAAUGUAAAUAAAUAUUUUAUGCAAUUUA